AUGAUGGAAUAUUUUAAUGUUUCUAAUUAUAAUACCGAUGUUGUUUUGAAUUAUUUUAAUUCCUUUUCUUUAAAUGGUACUUUCAAUGAAUAUAAUGCUACUAAUUAUGAAUUCAUAACACAAUAUAUACAACGAUAUGGUGUUUUUCAAUCCAUCUAUGAUUAUUUGAUGAAUGGUUUAAUAAUUCCAAUUUAUUUAGUCUUUCAAAGGAUUUUUCAAGUACCAAAUUUGUUGGAUUCAAUUGUAAGAGUUCUGCUUUAUUUGUUCAGCAAUUAUGCUGCCGGUCUAAUUAUAUCAUACAUUUUUAUUAAUAGGUUAAUUGUGAUGUCCUCAUUGAGAUCUAAUACUAAUAAAGUAGUUCUUCCUAAAUCAUCGAAGUGGUUAUUACACCUCUCUGCUAUUGUUCCGCUAUUAUAUUUACUAUUACAAUCCUUGACACAAAUUAAUUUCGUCAAAAUAGAACACAUUAAUGCACUACAUACUGAUGUCUAUUUACCAAUGACUUUUGCAUUAUUAUUGUAUUCUCAAUGCAUCGAGUUUUUUUAUAAUUUUACUACAAAUAGUAAAUUACUGGAAAAAAAUGAUAACUCAACUCUAGAAUUGUCAUUACAAUUAUACACCAUGAAUGCAUCCUAUGCAUUAUUUCAGAAACAAUCUCAUGGGUUUAUAUCACUUGAUAUCGAUUUUAUUAUCAUUGAUAGAAUAGGGAUCCAUAUAAUAGAAUUAUUUGGUCUCAGAAGAUAUAGGUUGUUAGAGAAUUCAGCUGUUAAUAUUACCCAAUUAUUGGCAUUGCUAUAUGAAUCAUCAAUAUAUGGAAUAUUAUCAAUUCCUUUCUAUACAUUAUUCAAGUGCAGUACAAAAAUUAUUUCAUUAUUUACUAUUUUAUUAAUUUUUACUAUCCAAUGCUUAAAAUGGUUUGUCGAAUACUUAUCUGCCCCAUUCAUCAAUCUGAUAAAAUCAACACAAAACUCUACAAUCAAUAAAUCCCCAAUACAUUUAUUUACGGAUAUUAGAAAGAAUUUAUAUUAUGAUCCAGAACAAGAGUUCAUUUCGUUCUUAUACAAUCUAUUAUUACUAACCUGUAAUGGAGGUAAUAUCAUAUCAACUGAUACAGACAGUUUCAUUUUACGCGGUGAGGAAUUGUUGAUGAAGGACUCAGCUGCUUCUAAAACUCUCCAUAUUCCCGAAUUAAAUAAUAAAUUUAUGGUUAGCGGCUAUUUAAACGAAUUAUCCACAAUUCCAGAUGAUUUGAUUUUAUCUUCUUCAUCCGCCAACACACUUCCUGCAAAAAAUAGUAAAAACCUUAGAGGCAUAUCAUCAUCUAUUAUUGUAAGGAUAAAAAUGAUAUUUACAAUUGUAAAAAAAUUAUGUUUAUCAUUUAUGUUUUUUGGUUAUCAUAACAAUAACCUUAUUAAUCAUACCUUAAAGAAUAAAAAACCAACCAACAAGAAGUCAAAAGAUUUAAAUUUGUAUAUAACCGAAAAAAAUUAUACAAAAUUCUUAACGAGACCAGCAGAUGACGCAAAUAACAAAUAUCGAAACUAUUUGUUACUACCGGAUGAAGAUGUAACAAGAGAUUUUGAUCUGGAGUUAUUUCAAGAAUUGAAUGAUAAAUACAAUAAAGACAAGCAUAUAAAGUACGAAUACUUAAAAGACGAUCCUGAGGAAUUAAAAGAAGAACUAGUAAGUAUUUUAAUACCAGACAAUAAUGAGCAACCGAAUUCAUCCCACUUACCACAAAUAUGGGAAGGCAUUGCGACUAACAUGCGACUAACAAGAUCCCAGUUUGGAUCAAGAUAUCCAGAAAGAGUAUUUGAACAAACUGUUCUAGAACGUCGCCAAUUUUGUCAAACACUUAGUCAAGAACUUUCAGAUCCUGUCAUCGAUGAGUAUGAAGAGGAGGAACAGUAUUCGACUUUAUGCCUUAUCUGCAGGUUUAAUAAACGGUCAAUAAUCCUAUGGCCUUGUAGAUGUUUAUCUUGUUGUGACAUGUGCAGAGAUUCAUUAGGGCACAAAGGGUUUCAGAAGUGCUUUACUUGUGAUUCUGAGGUUAAUGGAUAUAGUAUUGUACAUAAUGUUUAA